UAAAAAGAAAAAAGUGAAGCCUUGCUCCUCAAAGUGUGAUUGAAGCAUCAGCAGUACAGGCAUCAGCUGGAAGCUUGUGAGAAAUGCAGAAUCUGGGGCCCCAGCCCCAACCUGCUGCAAUAGAAGCUGCACUUUAGCAAGAUCCCCAGGUGAUUUGUAUGCACCAGCAGGGUGGCUGGAAGCUGGAAUCACCUGAGGGGCUUUUAAACCACUGAUCCCAUCCCCCCCACCCCCGGAAGUCUGAUUUAAAAGGCCUGGCUCGCUAAAUGGUUCCAAAUGUGCAGCAAAGGUGAUGCAGAGCCAGGAGGCCAUUCCGGAGAGCCUCUGAACUAGCUGCAGGUCUGGGUGCCGCUGACACAGAGGGAACACAGGAGCUCUCUGAAGCCCAGGACAGAGGCUGCCCUGGCCUGGAGCAGGUGGGAGCCGGACCAGGGCUGGCCAGCUGUACCCAGGGACCCCAGCUCAUCCAGACCAUUCACCGUGCCUCUCAGGAUGUGCAAUCUGCAUGGAAAUUUGCCACGGGAGAUCAAAAGGCGAAGCCUGGAAUGUUCCAUGCCUGUGUGUUUAGCUCAUCCUCCAACCCACCUUCCGCAAUUAGGAUGGGUAGAGUCCUCUGUGGGGGAGGCAACAGAAGGAGGAGGUGAUCCCAAAAAAGGUAGGGGCCUAAACUGGAAAGAAAAGCAAAAGCCAAAAACACAAAAAGAGGAGUUACCCAGAUGCAGCAGCACCCAGCAAGCCCCUGCGGUGAGUCAGCACAGGGGAGGCCCAGCCCCCUGGUUAAGGCUGGGCUGUGUGUGCUGCUACUUCCCCGGCCAAGACCAAGUCCUAACAGCAACUCCCCUCCCUCAGCUGCUUAAACUUUUUUUUCCUUUGACGCUGGAGGCUGGAGAGAAGUGUCACAUUUUGCUAACUCCCACCCCACUACCCCACCCUCUUCCUGGGGCCACGUGUGGAGGGGGUGCUUGGUGACUGCCACUGCGGGAGGGACUGUCAGCUCCUCUCACCCUCGCACCAUGAAGUUCCUGGGGAAGCCCAGAAGCCCCACAGCAGCUUUUCUGCCUCUUUGCUUGCUCUCUCUGAAGAUUCUGCAACCAGGGCACAGCCACCUCUACAGCAACCGCUAUGCUGGUGAUAAGGUGAUAAGACUUAUUCCCAACACGAAAGAUGAAGCAUAUGCACUGAAGAAAAUGUACCACCACCUGAAGGUGGACCUGUGGCAGCCCAGCAGUAUCUCCUACAUAUCAGAGGGAACAGUUACUGAUGUCCAUAUUCCCCAAAAUGGGUCCCGAGCCCUGUUAGCCUUCCUACAGGAAAGCAACAUCCAGUACAAGAUCCUCAUAGAAGAUCUUCAGAAAGCACUGGAAAAGGGAAGCAGUUUGCCAACCCAGAGAAGUCGAAGGUCCCCCUCCGGAUAUAAUUAUGAAGUUUAUCACUCCUUAGAAGAAAUUCAAAAUUGGAUGCGCCAUCUGAAUAAAACUCAUUCAGGCCUCAUUCACAUGUUCUCUAUUGGAAAAUCAUAUGAGGGAAGAUCUCUUUUUGUUUUAAAGCUGGGCAGAAGAUCACGAGCUUACAAAAGAGGUGUCUGGAUAGACUGUGGUAUUCAUGCAAGAGAAUGGAUUGGUCCUGCCUUUUGCCAGUGGUUUGUGAAAGAAGCUCUUCUAACAUAUAGGAGUGACCCAACCAUGAGAAAAAUGUUGAAUCAUCUGUACUUCUACAUCAUGCCUGUGUUUAAUGUUGAUGGAUACCAUUUUAGCUGGACCAACGAUCGAUUCUGGAGAAAAACAAGGUCAAGGAACUCAAGGUUUCGCUGCCAUGGAGUAGAUGCCAAUCGUAACUGGAGGGUGAAAUGGUGCGAUGAAGGAGCUUCCAUGCACCCUUGUGAUGAUACAUACUGUGGACCUUUCCCCGAAUCAGAGCCGGAAGUGAAAGCUGUAGCCAACUUCCUCCGAAAACACAGGAAGCACAUCAGGGCUUACCUCUCUUUUCACGCAUACGCUCAGAUGUUGCUGUACCCCUAUUCUUACAAAUAUGCCACAAUCCCCAAUUUUAGCUGUGUGGAAUCUGCAGCUCAUAAUGCUGUGAAUGCCCUCCGGUCAGUGCAUGGGGUGCAGUAUCGAUAUGGACCAGCCUCCAGUACAUUGUAUGUGAGCUCUGGUAGCUCAAUGGAUUGGGCCUACAAAACUGGAAUACCCUACACGUUUGCUUUUGAACUCCGUGACACUGGGCAUUUUGGGUUUUUACUCCCAGAGAUGCUCAUCAAGCCCACCUGUAUGGAGACCAUGCUGGCUGUGAAGAAUAUCACAAUGCACCUGCUCAAGAAGUGUCCCUGAGAUGCCCCAAGGGUGGGGUCAACCACCAGAGAGAGCUGAUUCUACACGAGAACAGCUUGGAAGUGGUUAGAAAUUGUUUUUACAGAGAAGGGAAACUGCUAAGUGUGAACUUCUCAGUGGACUUUAAAAGGACUUUCUCAUGCAAUUUAACUGUCCAUGCAAUAAAAAAUGCUUAUUAAAAAAAGAAAAAAAGUAGGCUUUCCUGUCAUGGCUCAGCGUUAACAAACCCGACUAAUAUCCAUGAGUAUGCGAGUGUGAUCCCUGGCCUCGCUCCAUGGGUUAAGGAUCCAGCAUUGCUGUGAGCUGUGGUAUAGGUCAAAGACUCAGCUCGGAUCCUGUGUCACUGUGGCUGUGGUGUAGGCCGGCAGCUGCAGCUCCAAUUCAACCCCUAGCCUGGGAACUUCCAUAUGCCUCAGGUGUGGCCCUAAAAAGCAUAAAAUAAAAAUAGUUUUAAAAAGAGUAUAACCUAGUUUGUUGUAAGAAAAGGUAGCCAUUUUCUAUCCAUUUAGAGCCUUAUUUGAGUCAGUGUAAGGGCAUGUUUUCAAUUUAUUUCAAGAAAUAUACAAAUUGAAGACUCCACUUCAAUAAAUCUCAUAUUCCCAGUGAAGAUAUAAGAUACUGAUGUUUAAUCACUUGGUUCUCAUUAAAUGUUUGGAAUGGAAAGAACUACUUUAUUAUAGUUGAUAUACAAUGUUUUGUCAAAUUCUGUCAUACCACAAAGUGACCCAAUCACACACAGUUUCCUGUGCUGUACAGUAGGAUCCCAUUGCCCAUCCAUUCCAAAUAUAACAGUUUGCAUCCCCAAAACCCCCCAAAUAUCCAUUCAUCCCUCUCCCUCCCCUUUCUGCCUUGGAAACCCUAAAUCUACUUUUCUUGGCCACGAUCUACUUCUGUUUUUUGGGGUUUUUUUAGAUAGGAUCAUCUGUAAUAUAUUUUAGAUUCCACAAAUAAGUGAUAUCAUAUGGUAGUUGUAUUUUUCUUUCUGGCUUACUUCAUUUAGUAUGAGAGUCUCUAGCUCCAUCCAUGUUGCUGCAAAUGGCAUUGGUUUGUCUUUUUAUGGCUCAGUAAUAUUCCAUUGUGUAUAUAUACCACAUCUUCUUAACCCAUUCAUCUGUCGAUGGACAUGUAGGUUGUUUCCAUGCCUUGGCUAUUGUGAAUAGUGCUCCUAUGAACAUAGGGGUGCAUGAGUCUUUAUUUCUUCAUAUAACAAAUAUACAACUUUUUUUUUUUUUUUUGGCCGCCCCAUGGCUUAUGGAGUUUCUGAGCUAGGGAUCAGAUCUCAACCACAACUGCAACCUAUGCCAAAGCUGUGGCAACACGGGACCUUUAACUCACUGUGCUGGUCCUCUUGUGCCAUAGCGGGAACUCUAAUAAAUAUACAACUUAUUAAGAUCUUGGAUUAUUCACUCCAUCCCCUGGUAUUAGUGCACCAACACCUAUAAAGAUGUAGCACAGAAGAGGACUUAUGUUCUCAAAAUACUACUUUAAAAAAAAAAGAGUAAACAUUACUUGAGGUGCCACAGAGUGUUAAGAGCUUUACUCUUAUUAAUAAUCUCACCAAUUCCUCAAAUACUAGGAGGUAGAUACUAAUCACCCCCAUUCUUCAAAUGAGGAAACUAGGGUUUAAAAAGGUACCACAGGGGAGUUCCCGUCGUGGCACAGUGGUUAAGAAAUCCAAUUAGGAACGACGAGGUUGCAGGUUCAGUCCCUGACCUUGCUCAGUGGGUUAAUGAUCCGGCGUUGCCGUGAGCUGUGGUGUAGGUUGCAGACAGGGCUCGGAUCCCCAGUUGCUGUGGCUCUGGUGUAGGCCGGUGGUUACAGCUCCGAUUCCACCCCUAGCCUGGGAACCUCCAUAUGCCGUAGGAGCAGCCCAAGAAAUAGCAAAAAGACAAAAAAAAAAAAAAAGGUACCACAGACUUCCAUUUCCAGGAAUAUGCCAGGAUAAGUAUCCAGACUGCUAAAAAUAAAUAAAGCUUCUGAAUAAAACAUAAUUAAUUUUUUAAUCAUCUUUAAAAUAUCAGAUUAAAAAUGAAGGAAAUCUCAGGCCAGGCAUUGAGUGAAGAAAGAGUACUUAGAAAAGUAGGCAGUAUGCUGCCUCCUGAAAGCAUUUGUCCAGUCAAUUGAGGGCAGACUGAUUUUCACAGCAUUUGGGAGAACCGGGCGCAGAGAACCAAGCCGUCCAAGGUGAGAAGUUUCAUAGCUUCUCCUCCUACCAGAAUCCUGGUCCCAAAGUACUAAUCCUUCAGUGUAAGGGCAAGCUGCAAAAACCCACUGCUACCCACAUCGGGCCACAAGGAAAACACGAUUUCCAAUUUGGGCAAGAGGACAGAGGGGAGAAAUUGCUACCAAGAAUCUGGAACCACAAGUCAGCCCUCACCCUGGUUUGAAGCCCAAAUUCAGACUACCUAAAUGGUCUGAGAAAUCUCUAGCCCGGAACUUAAUGCUGAUUAAUCCCAGAUUGGUUAUACGCCUAAGGAUGUGGUAAAAACAAAUGCAAGUCCUCUCAGAGGAUUUAUCUGACCAAAACGCAUCAAGGACACCAGGAUAAAGAAAGGAGUCUAAACAUUUCCAGAGAGAAAAAGAAAUGAUCCCAAACUGCUCAACAGCACCACCGAAGCUUGAAAAUGAUGGGAAAAUGUCUUUAGAGUUUUGAGGUGAAAAAAAUAUAUAUUUUAACUAUCUAUACCCAGCAAAACAGGCAAUGAAACGUGGAUAAAAUGUAGACUUUUUCUUAAAUCUGAGGUCCUAGAUUCUUACCUUUCUCAGGAAAUUCCUGAGGGAUAUGCUCUACAAAAAUGAAGGUGGAAACUAAGAAAAAGAUACAGGAUCCCAGAAAAAAGGAAAUUCAACAUAGGAGAAAGGAGUAGAAAAAACUAUCAAGACAGAGUCUGAAAAAAGAACACAUAUGUAUGUAUGUAUGUAUAACUGAAUCACUUUUCUGUAUACUUGAAACCAACACAUCAUAAGUCAACUAUACUUCAAUAAAUAAAAUAACUUACCUCUCCAUAAAAAAAAAAAACCCUCAAAAUAAUGGUGAACAGCAAAGUCCAAUAACGGCAUAUGCUAAGCUUAGAGAAAAACUCACUUGGAAAAGGAGGAAGAGAAUUGAAGAUUUCAGAUGAAGUUCUCCAAGAUAAAUAUGAAACAGAACACUUAAAUAUAGCUGAGACAAUUUUAACUUUAUAUCAAAAGGUUUAGGGAUGAAUUCGUAAUAAAAGCACAGAAAACAAGCAAACAAAAAAAGAAACAAUUGUUAACUGGUGAAAACAAUGAGCUAUACAAGAGAAGAGAUGUAAUCAUAGCCUACUAUGAGACUUAGCUGUAAGUAAUAUUUAUAUAAUUAAAAUGUUAGCCCUAAAUACUGAUUUAACCAAAAACAGUGAUAUAAACAUGUGAGAUGGAGGUCCCCUUGUAGCACAACGGAAUCGGUAAUGUUUUGGGAGCACUGGGAUGCCCGCUCCAUGCCCGGCACGGCACAGUGGGUUAAGGAUCCAGUGUUGCCACAACUGCAGCUUAGUUCACAACUGGGGCUGAGAUUUGAUCCCUGGCCCAGAAACUCCAUAUGCCUCAGGGCGGCCACAAAAGAAAAUAGAUAAGUAAUAAAUAAAUACAUGUGACAGAUAGAAAGAAGUAAGUGUAUGUGAGAGGAGGAGGUAUAGAGAGUUAAAUCCUCUUCUGCUGUAAUAAGUCAAUAAGCAUCUAAAACAAAAAAAAAUCAAAAAAGAUCAUUAUCUGUAUGUUAUUUAGAAGUAAGUACUAGAAGAAAUAAUGUUAAUGAUUAAGACUUAUUGGACUAAUGAGAGGGAAUUGGGAGUAAGGAAGAUGGAGCAGAGGACUGCUGUUUUUAAUAUAAGCCUUGUCAUAUUAUUUGACUGGUCUUUUUUUGACUGUUUUUUAUAUUAAGAAAAAAAAAAUCCAAGACUAUUCCUUUCCAAAGGAAAAUUGUUUUUUAAAACAAACUCUCAACUACUCACUCAGUCCUUUUGAUGUUUAUAAAAUGUACAUUGUUUCAAUAAAAAUUAUCAAAAUUAAAUGUAAAAGAAAUGUUAAAUGAGAUUAUAUGUGGAAUGCCUAGAAUAGAACCUGGAAGACCAUCAGGAAAUAAUAGUUUUGUCUAUGUUACAAAUCUCUUUAUGCUGUAGUUCCAGUUACCUAUUUGCAGGAAUGGAUCUCAGGCAGGAGUGAGGCUUGGAAGUCCUACUAAGGAAUACUACACCUGGGAAUUUAAACUUCCACUCAUUCCCGUCUGGCAAUAAAUACUCAGAAAUGAUCUAGGAUCAUUUUAUACAAUUUAUUUCUACCCACAGAACAGGCAAAAGCCAGUGUCCAGAAACAAGCAGGAGGGCCAGAGGCUUAUGAAGAACCCCCAAGAAUCGGAAGGGGCUGCUGGCAAAGGCGAACACAAUCAGCUGGAGUCGUCUGGUGGCCUUCACUCUGCCCUUUGGGAGCAAGCUGUGUGUCCCCUGCUCUACUGACUGACUGUGUCCAGAUCUUUUGCUUGUGUCUAUUAAUGUCAUUCCAAACAUUAUUACCCCUGUAACAGCUAAACAGUCAACUCUUGAAUAUUCAUAAAGUAAAAAAGAAUUUACCAAUAAA